CUGUCUUCUUUUUGGCUCUGUUCCCCUUCCCUCUCUGUCAUUGGCUGGUCCAGCUGGAGGGCUGUAUCCGCGGGGAGAACCAGAGCAUCUCGUUGGACACCUGCACCCAGGAGGAAGCCCAUUGGACGAUGCAACGUUGCUCUGGACCAAUCCAACUGCACUACCGUGCCAACUAUGAUGGGUACCGGAGGCUGCAGAGGGAUCUAUCGGAGGGAACGGUGACGUCAGGAGACUCAUUCUACAUCAGAAUCAACCUCAACAUCUCUGGCCAAUCAGACACCUGCUCCCUGAGCGUGCUUUGUGAUGAGGUGGUCCAUGUCCUGGACACGAUGCACCAGGGGAAGUGGGAGUGGCUUUGCUCCCGGGUCGAGGCCUACUCUGGAACCGACCUAUCGGAAAAAGGCACCAUCCCCUCUUACUCACGGGCCCAGCAGCUUCUCCUGGUAAAGAUGCAGAAGCUGGUGUGUCGAGGAGGAAGAGAGGAGAAUGACAGCCUGCGCAACUUCAAGAACAGCUUACAGCCUGAAGAGUCCAGCCUGUCCUCAGACCCCAAAUCCAGUCCUCGCAUGUCCAGAGCUAGCGUCUUCAUCACACAGAUACUACAGUUUGUCAGCAGGGUGGAUAAUAAGUAUAAGCGUACGAACAGCAGUGAGCGUGUUCGCAUUGUGAGCUCAGGAAACCCAACGCUGCCCAGACCAGGCUUCGAAACCCUGAGACAGGAUGACUGUGCAGACCCAUACAGUGAUGUGAGUAGGAGUGUGAACCUGGUUCCGUACAGCCUGGUCUCCCCUCAGCGGGUCCAGAGGAAGAGGCCGGUUCUGAUCAGUCCAAACAGUCUGGCCCGGACCAUUAUACAGAAGAUACUCAACAUGGGUGGAGCCAUGGACUUCAACAUCUGCAAACCAGAUGUCCUAACUAAAGAAGAGUUCUUAAUGAGACAGAGGAUUGAACCCAUCAUCUCCUCCAGAGAGAAGAACACCAACACCUACGAGGUUGUCUCUCCUGAGAACAUAGAGGCUGUUGCUGCAAAGGGUAAACACUGUUUGAUGGAGGCUGACGUGAGCUGUGUUAAAGACCUUUUGAGGAGAGAGAUCUACCCAAUCAUCAUCCACAUCAAGAUCUGUGACAAGAACAUCAGGAAGCUAAGGAAGCUGCCCCUUCGUGUGGACAGUGAGGAGGAGUUUGUCAGAGUGUGUCGGAGCAGAGAGAAAGAGCUGGAGAGUGUUCCGUGUCUCUAUGCGUGUCUGGAGCCUGAGGAAUGGGCUGGGCCUGAUGACCUCAUCAGAGUGGUGAAAGACAGAAUCCAGGAGGAACAGAGGAAGACUGUCUGGGUGGAACAAGACCUGCUGUAACACCCACAGAUUAAUGCAUACACACACACACACACACAAGGUGGGCAAGAUGGCAACGCUGGGUUAGAUGCCACAAAAUAGUUGGGAGUCCCCAGUAGGGGCUGCGCACAAUUGGCCCAGCGUCGUCCUGGUUUGGCUGGGGUACGCCGUCAUUGUAAAUAGCAAUUUGUUCUUAACUGACAUGCCCAGUUAAGUAAAGGUUAAAUAAAA